AUGGCAGGACGGUCAGGCGCUUCUGGUGAGGUCAUGGCCGGCUCGACCGACCAUCUACUAACGGCCGCGCUGGCUUUGGCUGGGACAUCUGUCUGCGCAGUGCACUGUCGCGAAUCACUUUUGGAUUGGGAGUGCUUCCUUAUGUUUGUCAGUUUCCUGGAAUCUGAGACUGAGCUUCUUUCGACUUGCCGUGACGCCCAACACGCCAUUUUUCAAGGUGAAGGCAGUGGUGUGUAG